GAAAACACAUUGAUCAAACCCGGAAGUCAUCUCAAACUGCGUAAACAACCACCCACAACCUCCUCCGCAUCAUAACCCCCUCCCCCUCCCCCUCGCUCUCUCCCUCUCUCUCCGAUCGCCAUUGGCGACUUCACGGAGCUGAUCGCAUCCUCUGAACGUGAGGGGGAAGUGCUGACGGUGAGUACGACUCAUAUUCAUCAUCCGGUCCACUCUCCAUUUCUCCCGCCCUCACUCUCCUUCACAGCUUCUCGGAGGUUCCACUCCCCAGCGAGCACAGAACCCUUCCGAUUCUCCAUUUCGUGUCUUUAUUUGGCCUCAAUCCAUGGCUUCUGCCUCACCGUUCACCGUCUCCUGUAUCUUCGCACUCGUCCUCGCCAUAGUCCCUACUUCAUGCUCCCUGCCCUUCAUCGUGCUUCACGGCAUUGGAGAUCAGUGCGUAAAUCGGGGACUUAAACAGUUCACUGAGCAGCUUAGCGAAUAUUCUGGUGCUGAAGGAUUUUGCGUAGAAGUGGGGCAUGGAACAUGGGAUUCAUGGUUUAUGCCUCUCCAAGAACAGGCUGCAGUUGUCUGUAAGAAGGUGAAAGAAAUGAAAGAACUACAAAAGGGCUACAACAUUGUUGGUCUCUCCCAGGGCAACUUAAUAGGUCGGGGAGUUAUUGAAUUCUGUGAUGGAGGACCUCGGGUGAAGAAUUUUAUCUCAUUGGGAGGACCACAUGCUGGAACUGCUUCUGUGCCCCUUUGUGGUACUGGUCCUUGGUGCAUCAUAGCUGAUAACCUUAUAAAGUCUCAUAUAUACAGUGACUAUGUCCAAGCUCACUUGGCUCCAAGCGGUUAUCUCAAAUUACCAAAUGCUAUGUCAGAAUAUUUAUCCAAAUGUAGAUUUCUCCCCAAGCUUAACAAUGAACUUCCUGACGAGAGAAAUACCACUUACAAGCAGCGGUUCACUAGCUUACAGAACUUGGUCCUUAUCAUGUUUGAGCAUGACACAGUUUUGAUUCCCAAGGAAACCGCUUGGUUUGGAUAUUACCCGGAUGGGGCCUUCAAGCCAAUCGUGCCUCCAAAUCAGACACAGCUUUACACCGAGGAUUGGAUCGGUCUGAGAACUUUAGAUGAAGCUGGAAAGGUCAAGUUCAUCAGCGUCUCGGGAAAUCACCUCGGGAUAUCAAAGAGAGAUAUGAAAACAUAUGUUGUUCCCUACCUGGAGGGCAAGAAAUCAGGCAAGUUUGGCGCUUCCAAAGCACAAGAUAUGCGUGGGAGAGAUGUAUCGAGCUUCAAAAGGUAAAAGGUAAAGAAGUUUGCCCACUGAGGGAGCAAGGUUAAAAUAUAUGGGUAAUUACCACAUUUUUAUCUCUUGAUGUUCACGCCCUGUUCUGUUGAGUAGACGAGUAUACCAUAAAAUUGCUGUAGCAAUUUAUGAAUGUAGACUUGUGCUAAAAUCAGGAAAUAUUUAUCUGUUAUGUAUCCUUUCGAUCCUAAGUAUAUACAUGGUCAAAAGACGAUAAAACCUUUCAUUGUCAUAGCUAUCCACUGAAAGAGGCCUAAUAUUUGGCUUCAA